AUGUUGACACAAGCACUCGGUGCUGCCAAAGGUUCUAUCAAUGUCACCGGUAUAGGCAGUGCAGCAGCAACUACUACCAAAGGUCGACGCCGCCGUCGCGACAUUCAAUGCGAUAAAACGGAUCGUCCAGGAGUUGCAAUCAUCUUCGACGUUGCACUGGGGUAUCCAGAAGAUUUACCAUGCCAAACACUGGCCUGUCAAGUCGAUCUAUUUACUGGUAUCCAUGGACAAUUCAAUACUGUGAGCGAUGUCAGUAUCACGGCGGAUGAUGGAACCCCCUUACCUGUCCAGCUAUGUCACGUGGAAUCCCAUACAGAUGGGACGAAUAACAAUCCUCAGAGUUCCAGUGGUAUUGCUAUCCAGCCUUGUACAGUUGUUUGUCAAAAUGGUGGUGCAUGCACAGGUCCCACAACUUGUGGAUGCACUACAGAAUGGACUGGUGACACAUGUGAAACUCCUGUAUGUACAAGUGGCUGCCAAAAUGGUGGUACAUGUACAGCUCCUGAUACAUGUGCAUGUGCUGCAGGAUGGAGUGAUGCAACUUGUGAAACUGCUGUAUGCACAAAUCACUGCCAAAAUGGUGGCCAAUGUACAGCUCCUGAUACUUGCACAUGCGCUGCAGGAUGGAGUGGAACAACGUGUACACUUGGUCAUCGUCGACAACAACAACAACAACAACAACAACCAGAACAACGACUACCAAGACUAUCACCAAAACCACCACGAAGACAACAACGAAAACAACCACAAAGAUGA